AAUAAAAAUAAAAAUUCUGAGCAAAGAUGAUAAGAAAGUGCACGAUUGUCAUCCGGAACAUUUUUCUCUCUGAUCUCAAUUUAUCAAGUUGUGUCAGUGAAAGCAUACGUCAAAUCCAAUCCGUGUCCCGCCAUUAGCCUUUAAAAUAAAGCAAUAGAAAAUUCUGAAAAAAUUCACUAUUUUUUUUGCCACAUCAAGUAAUACUCUCAAAUUUUUUCACAAUUUUCGGGGAUAUCGAACAACUUCAGUGGCCCACUUCACAAAGAAUGCCUUAUAUUUUUCUUUUUUCUCUUAAUACGGGACUCUACAAAUAUUUAUGUUCGGCUAUAUAUACGUAAUACAGGUAUGGAUGAUGGAGGAAAAACGAAUGUAUCACUGAAGAAGUAUCUACUGAUAUCAUUCCGCCUUCGUGGCAGACCAAAACUGGCAAGUGUGGACGUCGUUCCAUUAAAAUUGAUUAUUCCACCAAACAAUUCCAAAAGAAAUUUCGAUGUUAUUGCCCUCCUCCACCGUACGACAAAGUACAACAAUUUGUGAAUGAAAAUUGUGAUCAUUAACCAAACUGGGAGUUAUACAACAUUGACAUUCAUGGUCAAUCAAAGAACUAUAAACGAGCAGAGCGUCUUCUGGAUGAAAUUAGAAAAGCAGACACCCCGUACGCUUUUUCAACAGACACAGAGACUGAUCUCGCUGAGAAAGUAAGGAAGAUUGAAAGUGAGAUUAAAAACAAAAUUCAAAGAAGAUAGCAAAUGACAUGAUGAAUGAAAUGGAUCCGUUAUCAUCAUUAUCAAUAUUGUCAAAGUCUAGAUCUUCGAAGGAUGUCGACUCAUUUGAUGACAACAGUGAUCCUCUAAAUAUCUCCAUACUCGAAGAGGAUUUACUUCCUGCACCUAUGAUAGACAGCCUUGACAAGCCAGAUGAGUUGAUAUCAUUGGACUCACAAGUUUCCGGACAGAACAGCAGUUUUUUCCAUAACUUGGAAGAACCGCCUCGGAAGAAGAAAAAGCUACAAGAGCAUGCGAAACAACUUAUCAACCUCAUGAUUUCAAUGAAAGAGGAGAUAAAGAACAUGAAUGUCAGGCUGUGGAAUAUCGAGAGGUCCGUAGACGGUAAUCACGAUUUUGUAUCAGCCGAUAUGGCAAUACCUGGAAAACAUGGAACUAAAAUCCCCAUAAGUUCUAUUCAACUCCUUCAAUAUUUUGAAGAAAAAUUGUAAAUAGUCGCUAGUGCCUCAUGGAUACUCUCCAAGUGAUGAAACGAUUGAAAAAUAUACAAGUUCGUGUGAAAUUUUGAGGAAAUUUUUAUCGAGAGAGGUAGCCAUGCAGUACACAGCCACCAAGAAGAUGGUAGACAAAUUUGUGAUGGAAUUGAAUAUUCCUCAUUUCAUGGAAUGUGUUGUAGACGCACUUAUGGGUGCGCAUCCAGGAAUUAGUGAAAAAGACGCAAAGUCAGCUAUUGGUACAUCACUGACCGCAGCUAAAAACGGAUGGAUUUCAAUCAACAACAAAAAUGGAAUUCUGAAGGAACGUGAGGCAUUAUCAGCAGGAUCCAGCGACGAGUUCACUCACAAUAAAACGAUAGAAGGAAAGUUUACCCACCUAAGAUCAUUAGCGCAGCGGGUGAAAUACGGCGGGAGUACGAAAUGCAACUUCAAAUUGCAGAGGAAGAAAGGCGAAUUCAACGCAAAUCUGAGAUCAUGGCGAAUGAAGCAUUAAUACGAAAAUUGGAAGAGGAAGAACAACAAAAGUUGGCACAAUAUGCACAAGAUCAGUUAUUUGCCAAAACAAUAGCAAAGAAACAGUUGUUGACUAAAGCGACAAAUCCCAACUUCUACAGUAAUAGCAUGAAUAUCAAAAUGCCCAGUAAUGAAAUAGAAAUAUUACCACUGAAUGGUGGGCCGUCAAUUAUAAACAACGUUCCCACCUGCUAUACAAAGAAUGAGAGAACUAAUACUUUCAAUACGAAUACUUUCAAUACUAAUUGUGACCUUGAUAAAUCAUCACAGCAGUCGGAAAAUUUAGUACUAGAUGUCAAGGUCGCAGCCAAUAGAAAAGAGUUCUGCCAAGGUCCAGUUUCGGUUCACAGUGUUGUAACAUUAAAUAAUCAGUCUGUUAUGGUGAUAGGAAAGGCGAACUCUUAUUACUCGGAGCCAAGUUGUUCAAAUUCAAAGAUCUAUGGUACAAGGAGUGAAGAAGAGUUACGUGUACCAAGCGAUGUUUUACCGAGUGGUAAGAAUCUUGGCAUUGAAUUUUGUAUUAAAACGAUAAAAAAUGAGGAUGAGAGGAUCGGCAGAGCCGAGAGCGCUGGCAGCCAUGACAGUAUAAAUCAGGAAAUUCAUCAUUUUAAACCAAUCAGAGCUAUGCCCAGAACACCUUUACGAUUUUCAGAAGAUGGAAGACAAAUUGAUCCCAAAUUAAUUCGAGUUGUUCCAAUUUUUGAACGUGUCUCGAACGCGCCUCCAAAACCACCAACACCUAGCAAACGAAUCAUCGGCUGUUCUUGGAGUGCAUUCAGAGGUAAAAACCAACAGAAUCCUCAUGGUGGUUGUGCAACAGACUGGAAAGCUUCAAAUAGCCUUGCUCAAUGUUACCAAACAGCUAAACCAACAAAACGUGAAACAAUCCGAAAAAUAGACCUUGCUAAAGACAUAUUCGAUAACAAUAAAAACUACGCGAAAGGAAUGCAUCGAGUACUAAAUGGUACUAAAGUGAGUAAGAAAUUGAUUUUAGACGAUGAGACUGAUAAUAUAGCAGAUAAGACCUGGAAAAAGUGCAAAAAUUCGAAUGAAAAGAAAGACUUUAGUGCAGAUGAGAAUUCCUCACCAAGUUGGAACCGGGCGUUAUUGAAAAUUCCGUUGAGUAAUGAAAAUGGUGCGGCCAUUGAAAACAUAGCAGAGAGGAUAAAAAAGAGGAAAGUCGCACAAUCUCAAGCGAUUAAUCCAAUAAUAAACAAAAUUCAGAGUCCACGGAAAACAAGGAGCAGAACCGUAUCAUCGAACAAAGAGGCAAUUAAUUUAUCCUUAAAAUUGAAGAGGAAAAUGCCAGCAAAAUCAAAAAGUUUGAAAUUACAAUUCACCAAUACAACUGAAAUAAUUGAGUCACCACUUGUGUCAAAUGUUGAAACCGAAAUUGUGAAAGUGAAAAGGAACUCACUAAGACCGAAAAGGAAAGAAAGUGUCGGUGCAUCAAAUCAACAAAUUGAGAGCGUGAGAAAUAAGAAUCUGGAUGAUAUGGCAAUCGAAGAACAAAGUAAAAUAGAGAGCCUCUUGCGUCAAGAGAAAGAGGACUAUGAGUUGGCACAGAGAUUGCAAGCUCAAUUCAAUGAAGUGGGCAGCAUUUCGUACAGAACAAGGGGAUCAAAACGUGCAUUUGACUCUGGUGAGAUUGAGCGAGGGAUUGAUAACAUCAGAAUUAAUGGUAGAUUAUUGGUGGAUAAUGUCAACACUGCCAAAACAUCCAGUCGUGCGACAAAGUCAAGGCGAAGACAGAAACGAGAUUAGACAUUGCUAAAAAUUCUCCAAAUUAGAGAUUCAAUGAAAUAAAGAAUAGUAACCCUUUAAUAUAAUCUCCUGCACUUAUUGAGUGAAUGUGCGUUUUUAUUAACAUACAGGAUAUCAACUGCGGAGUGAUAAAGGCGUAAUGAGUAAGAACUAAUUAAAUAAAUGAUACAAUUAGAGUAAUUGAAAUUGUAUGAUGAGAAUCAGUCAAUUGUGUAGCGAAGUGGUUAGACACGGUUUAUGUACUAUAGGAAACCCAUAAUGCUUAAACCGCUUUACUACUUCCUGAUUUUAUGUGGGAGUAAAUAUUGAGUAAUUUUAAUUUACAGCUAAAGGAGUUGUAAAUAAGAAAUAUCUGCAGACGUUUUGUUUUAAAAUCCAUUCCACUUUCAGUUUUGAAAUUCGAUUUUUUUCCACAUAGUAAAUCUUGCGAUUAUUCAUACGGUAUUCAUUUUUGUGGAAGAAAGGAUCAAAUACAAGAUCACUUAUUACCGAAAUGAUUGAAUAUUUAGUAACAUGGAGAGACUCGAUUGUUACCUUUCACAACUCCACUACUGAUAUAAUGUAUGUUAAUUCAAUUGGUAAAUAACUGAAUCGAAUAUUGAAAAUAAUUCCAAAGUAGUGUGUCCCUCCAAUAUUUCCCAAUCCGAAAUUUUUAAUUAUUCCAUCCAGCUAUUUAAGGGUGCAAUCUGUAGAGGGCCAAAUGAAAUAAUGUGAAUGUGUAUUAAAUUUGUAGAAGGAUCACGCUUCCUUGUGUAUCACAUCAAGGCUAGUAUUUCAACUACUUGUAGAAUUGUAAAUAUCCAAAGUGGAACUAAAUCUUGAAUAAAUCAUAAAUUUUCAUUUGUAGAUA